UCAAAAUGAAACGUGAAAAGUAUGUAUGGUUAAAUCCGUCUCUUGAUUGUUAGGCAAAUGUCAAAAUCCAUUAUUGCAUGUAUUUUGAGUAGUAGAAAAACCAGUGAGUGAGUCAUUGGCACUAGUGAGAAAACAAAGAAAAUGCUAACAAUGCUCUCAGCUACAUCCGGUGGUGUUCUUCCACCGACACGUGUCCUAAGUGGACACAAUGUGAAAUGUUGGAAUUCGAGGAGUUUAAGAAUAUGGUCUGGUGAAUUUCCAGAUUUUCUUCCUAAACAAUUUGAGAAAAUUAAAGACACUUAUGCUAGAAAGUUGGCGUCAAGAAUUGAGAGACUACCUGUAAACUUUUCAAAGGGUUGUGUUAUGAGUAGUUGUGUGAAGCCAAAAGAACAGAAAGAGGCCAAUCCAGUUGUGCUUCUCCAUGGUUUUGAUAGCACAUGUCUAGAGUGGAGGUACACACUUCCAUUUCUCGAGGAGGCUGGGGUGGAGACAUGGGCAAUUGAUAUCCUUGGAUGGGGUUUCUCUGAUUUAGGAAGGCUUCCAUCGUGUGAUGUAGCUUCCAAGCGUGAUCAUCUUUACCAGCUGUGGUUUACCUACAUUAAGAGGCCAAUGAUACUUGUCGGACCGAGUCUUGGAUCUGCUGUUGCUAUUGACUUCUCUGUCAACUAUCCAGAAGCUGUGGAUAGGCUGGUUUUAAUCAAUGCAAGUGUUUAUGCAAAAGGUACAGGAAACCUUGCAAACUUACCGAAAGCAGUAGCUUAUGCUGGGGUCUACUUGUUGAAAAGCAUACCACUUCGUUUAUAUGCGACAUCACUGGGUUUCAAUGACUUACCAUUAAGUACAUGUAUAGAGUGGACUAAUAUAGGUCGUCUACACUGUUUAUUACCUUGGUGGGAGGAUGCAACAGUGAAUUUCAUGAUCAGCGGAGGUUACAAUGUCAUUGAUCGGAUAGAACAUGUCAAGCACAAAACACUAAUAAUAUUGGGUGAAGAUGAUCAGAUUAUUGACUACAAGCUAGGAGUGAGAUUGCAUUGUGAACUUCCAAAUGCAACUCUACGCCAAAUACCAAAUUGUGGUCACAUCCCUCAUGUGGAGAAGCCUGAUGUUGUAUCCAGGUUGAUUGUGGAAUUUGUUCAGUCUGAUCGAUCACAAAGCGCGAAACCUGACUCUGUCUCCACCGUUUCUGUUCCUGCACGAGUACUUGUAAAAGCAGAUAUUUAGGCAUAUCCCGUAUAUGGAGAUCUGACUACCUGAUUCAACAUAGUGAUGACUGAUGAGGUUAGUUUGUCAGCUUCAGUGGUGAACUAUGCUUUCAUUCUUUGAGCAUUGUCAGCAGCAUUACCUACAUAUUGAAGGUGCUUUUGGCAUCCAGUAGAAGUGUAAUAAACUGAAGACUUAGGCAGUGUAAUUAGCUGAAUACUACAGCAUUCUGGUACAUGUUUCUUUCAGUCUCUCUUUCAAUAUAGAGCUGAAGUUUAUGGCCAGUAAAUCAUAGCUUGCAGCGGUGCAAGCCUUUGUUCGGUACCUAUGCUGGUGGGAGUUUGCAGGUACCCAGUGGAAUUGUCAAGGGAAAAAAAAGAAGAGGUGCUUGGAGCAGUGCUGAAAUUUUGAUGUUUAAUGUAUCUAGAAUUAUAUCAAUAUUAGUAGACUUCAAGCCAGUAAUCGUGCCAGUUUCAGGAACAUUUGGAAAUAGCAGUGAGUGGUAGAGGACUAGAGGGUAGUUGUAAUGUGUUAUCUCUAGAAAGCUGUAAUUAUUUGUGAUGUUAGCAAUUAGAAUAAUAAAGAUUGAGGAUGAGAAACUACAAUAUCUUAGUUAAGGCAUAUUGUUAGAUGGAAGGUUAAUUGAAUGAUAUAUGUUGCUAGUAUUUUUCAUCUUGUUAAGGUUCUGCACUAGUGGUUGCAUGUU